UAUUAUUUUUUAUAUCUUCCAUUUUAUUCUUUUUAUCAAUCUUUUCUUUCUCUGUUUUUUUUUACCUCCCAUUUCGCUCGCCUCUCUCUUUUGAGUCUUCUUCCAUUUUCGUUCUCUGUUCCUUGCGAAGACUGCCGGCGAACUCGGUGGCGGUUUUCGGACACCGCUGUUGAAAAUACCAGUUUUCCGACCCGUCGAGUGGAAACCGGAACCCGGUCGGAGAAAAUUGCUGAGGAAAUUAAUUUUAAUAAAAAAUUUUAUUUUUGGUUCCGAGAUGGCUACUUUGUCCUUGAGCUCUCUUCUCCUCUCCAAUGGCAAGAGCUCGAGGAAACCCUAGGUUGCCGAAUCGGACGGUCGAGAGCUUUCCAUCCGGCCCCUGAACCCCUGAUCAAGCGCCGAGAUUUCUAGGGUUUCGUGGGGUUUAUCUAUGCAUGGAAGGGAGGGAAGGAGGAACGCCUGCUGGGGUGGCGGUUACGGCGGCGGUGGAGACCGCUGGGAGCUUCCCGCCGUCGGCGGCGCCGACGAUGGUGAGAGCGGAGGAGUCUAGCCAGGGCGGCCCGACGACCGCAGCUGUUCCUCCGGCGGUGGCGGCGGCGGUUGUCCCGGGGCCACCUCCGGCGGCGGUACCGGUGGGGCCGGCGUCCGUGAGCCUGGCGAUGCCGGCGAUGAAGAAGAAGCGGGGGAGGCCGAGGAAGUACGGGCCGGACGGGAGCUUGUUGCUGCCGCUGAACCCGAUGCCGAUCUCGGCCUCGGUGCCGGCGGGGGAGUACCCGACCGUGGCGGCGGUGGGGGCGGCGAUGAAGCGGGGUAGAGGGCGGCCAGGGGGUUUUGGGAGCAAGCAACAGUAUGGGUUUGAGUUAGAGUCUUCAGGUGAAAUGGUUGCAUGCUCUGCUGGUGCAAAUUUCACACCUCAUGUCAUCACUGUUGCAGCGGGCGAGGAUGUUACUAUGAAGAUCAUAUCAUUUUCUCAACAAGGACCUCGAGCUAUUUGUAUUCUAUCUGCUAAUGGCAUCAUAUCAAACGUUACACUUCGUCAACCUGAUUCUUCCGGUGGUACACUGACUUAUGAGGGCCGCUUUGAGUUGCUCUCUUUAUCAGGAUCAUUCAUGCCAACUGAGAAUGGAGGAACUAGGAGCCGAUCUGGUGGGAUGAGUGUUUCUCUGGCAAGCCCAGAUGGUCGUGUUGUUGGGGGAGGAGUUGCUGGUCUACUCGUGGCUGCUAGUCCUGUGCAGGUUGUGGUGGGAAGCUUUUUGCCAAGCUAUAAGCUGGAGCAGAAAACCAAGAAGCCAAAAUUAGAGACUUCCGCUGUGUCAACGCCCACAGCUGCAGUUCCGAUUUCCAGCAUAGAGAUGGAGGCGGCGUAUGGUACUGUGCAAGGGCAGCGGAUCUCAGCAACACCAAAAUCAAAGCUCGCGACUUCCUCCUUUAAGGGAGAAAGCUGGUCUGCUUCUCUACAAUCAGCAUCUGAGACAAGGAGCUCCAUGACAGAUAUUAACGUGUCUUUGCCUGGAGGUUGAAGUUAUCCAGAAAGUUUGUUGCGCACCUCCGAGGCAUCUUACUGACCAGAAGUAGACACCCUUUUGUAACAGCUGCCUUCGCAUGUGUUGCAAUUGAUAGUUGGAGCUCACCUUCUCUAACUUGUGUUGUAGGCUUGUUUGCAUGCAUUUAGGUUUUCAUCAAGGGAUGAACUUUACUAUAUGGAUUCUGUAGGAUUCUCCAGAACUGCAACUCUGUUGACUCUUAUCCUCUGUUGUUGUCUAGCUUGGUUGAUAUUUAUAUUUGUAACACCUGGUUUUCAUUCACUGGUGUUUAAAUACAGUCAUUUGUAGUGUUGGUAAAUUUCAUAACGAUGGAUUCUUGAUUCUACAA